CUUCUUGCAUGCUACUUGCAUACUGCUUGCUUGCUAUUUGCUCUAGCUUAGCAACUCGAAUGCUCUGAAUCUCUUCUGAAUACUUUUCGCAUGCUGCUUGCAUACUGCUUGCUUGCUGUUUGCUCUAGCUUAGCAAUUCGAAUGCUCUGAAUCUCUUCUGAAUACUUCUUGCAUGCUGCUUGUAUACUGCUUGCUUGCUAUUUGCUUUAGCUUAGUAACUCGAAUGCUCUGAAUCUCUUCUAAAUGCUUCUUGCAUGCUGCUUGCAUACUGCUUGCUCGAUGCUGCUUGCAUACUGCUUGCUUGCUGUUUGCUCUAGCUUAGCAACUCGAAUGCUCUGAAUCUCUUCUGAAUGCUUCUCGCAUGCUGCUUGUAUACUACUUGCCCGCUGUUUGCUCUAGCUUAGCGAUUCGAAUGCUCUGAAUCUCUUCUGAACGCUUCUCAUAUGCUGCUUGCAUACUGCUUGCUUGCUGUUUGCUCUAGCUUAGCAACUCGAAUGCUUUGAAUCUCUUCUGAAUGCUUCUUGCAUGCUGCUUGCAUAUUGCUUGCUCGCUGUUUGCUCUAGCUUAGCGACUUGAAUGCUCUGAAUCUCUUCUGAAUGCUUCUCGCAUGCUGCUUGCAUACUGCUUGCUCAAUACUGCUUGCUUGCUGUAUUCAAGGCUCGAAAGCUCGAAAAUCGAAGGCUUGAAGGUCAAAGGCUCGAAGGUUAAAAGCUCGAAGGUCAAAGGCUCGAAGGUCAAAGGCUCGAAGGUUCGAAAAGAAUAGUAGUCUGAUCGUUUGCUCUGCUCCUGCUCAGUGUUAGCGCUGCUCCUAGGGAAGAAAAAAAAAAGAUAGAAAGCCUCGCCGGAUUGCUUCCUUUAAAAGAGCUAGGCCUCAAACUGUCAGGUGGAAAGGUUGCAAAGGCAAUGUAGCGAGGUCUUUCUCUCUUUCAGGGGCAUACAACCAG